AUGGAAUCUCUUAAUAUAACCACUGUUGAUUCGCCUCUGAUAAGCGACGAACUCACACGUUACAUCAUAAGAAUCCUCAUGUUCAUCGUCACCCCGACUAUCGCUAUAUUCGGCAUCACGGGAAACGUCAUGAGCAUCAUAGUCCUCAUCAAGCACGGCUUGCACAAAUGCUCCAACAUUUUACUGGUCGCCUUAGCCUUCUCCGACAUCACGUACCUCAUCUCCUUCAACAGCGUGCCUAAGAUCUUCUACGAGGCGGUCAACGACCACGAGUUCCUCGGCUUCAACGUCCAAGAGGCGAGUGUCGUCUUCUUCUUCUUCAGCGUCUUCAACUUCCUGGACUACUCUGUUGGGUUGAUGAGCCUCGUCUUGCCUAUGCUGAUUACAAUUGAAAGACUCGUUGUGAUAUUUCUUCCUUUAAGUUUUAAACGCGUCAUCACUCCUAAACGAACAUGGAUUGCUGUCAUCUCACUUGAGGCUUAUUUCUUCUCCAUUUGCCUCUAUACAACGUUUUGGUUUGAACUGGACUAUACUACAGACACACGCAGAAACCUUUCUGUAGGUCUUAUUAGAAGAUCAACAUUUUUCUACGAACAUCUACCAUCAGUCGAAAUAAUCCAAAAUAUUUUAGUUUAUUCUAGUAUAAUCAUCCCUCCAAUUUUUACCGCUGUUGGUUGCAUAAUAAUCUCAAUAAAAAUACAGAUAACAUCAACAAAACGAAGGAAACUAACUUCGAAAUCUAAAAAUAGCAACAGAACCACGCGCAUGCUCCUGGCUGUAUGCGCAGUCUACAUAUUCACGAUAACCUUUCUCUCACUGCCGAUAUACAUCCCCGAAUACGCGUCAUACUCUCUGACUGAUGAAGCGCCCUCUAACGUCGGUAAACUGUUUUAUCAACUUGUCAACAUAGUGGGUUGUAUCAACAGCUCUACUGACUUUAUCGUCUAUAUUCUGCUCAACAAGAAUUUUAGAGCCACCUACCAGGUAAUGAUGGGAUGUCGUGAAAAAGUAAAAAGAUAA